AUAUAAAAUCAAAAUUGUCCAUAUAUACCUGCACAGCUAGCUACCUUUUCCAAAUGGUCCAUUCAAGAGAGGAAUCAAUGAGCAACAGUAGUAGUGCUGUGAAAAUGAUGCACGCGGUUCACUACGAUGCCUAUGGCGGAGAAUUGAAGCAUGUUGAAGUUUCCAUUCCUACUCCAAAGAAAAAUGAAGUUCUACUGAGAUUGGAAGCUAUCAGUAUUAAUCCAGUUGAUUGGAAGAUUCAGAACGGUCUUCUUCGCCCUUUGAUACCUCGAAAAUUUCCUUACAUUCCUUGUGGUGAUGUAGCAGGAGAGGUAGUAGAGGUUGGAUCACUAGUAAAAAAUUUCAGAGUUGGCGACAAAGUCAUUGCUAAACUCACUCUUAAAUAUGGAGGUGGAUUGGCUGAGUUUGCUGUGGCCACUGAGAGGUUAACAGUUGCUAGACCAUCCCAAGUCUCAGCUGCUGAAGCUGCAGGUAUACCUGUGGCUGCUCUCACAGCUCAUGAUGCAUUCACUCAAAUUGCAGGACUCAAGCUUGAUGGAACUGGAACUGGCCAACACAAGAACAUUUUAAUCACUGCUGCUUCAGGUGGUGUGGGUUCCUAUGCUGUUCAACUCGCUAAACUAGCAGGGAACACCCAUGUGACAGCCACUUGUGGAGCUCGCAACAUUGAUUUGGUUAAGAGCUUAGGUGCUGAUGAGGUUCUUGACUACAAGACUCCACAAGGGGCAACACUGAGGAGUCCAUCUGGGAGGAAAUAUGAUGUGGUCAUACAUUGCACAAUUGGAAUUCCUUGGUCAACUUUUGAUCCUGUUUUGACUAAAACUGGGGUUGUGGUUGAUUUAACACCUGGUGUGGCCACAUUCAUUAGUUCUUCCAUGAAGAAACUUUUUUUUCCCAAGAAGAAACUGGUGCAAUUUAUCCUAGACAUCAAAGGUGAGGGUAUGGAACAUCUAGCUCAAUUGGUCAACGAUGGGAAACUCAAGACCAUUAUUGACUCUAAGUUUCCUUUGAGCAAAGCUGAAGAUGCUUGGGCUAAGAGCAUUGAUGGCCAUGCUACUGGAAAAAUCAUCGUGGAGCCAUAAUAGCUAGGUGCUCGAUCCCAGUUUGCCUGGAUCAGUUGUAUGUUUCUAGUUUCAACUUUCAACUAAUUAAUUAUGUUUAGGUGUUUGCUGUGGUGCCCGCAUUUUUCAACAUGGGUAGGUACAGGAAUUUGACUGACCACUAGUAUUUAAGCACAUGAUCUGAACUUACAUAGUGUUUUAAUAUAUCCUUAUACUUUCAUUAAUUGUGAAAUAGCCCCAAUUUUAUUUUACUAUUUAAUACAUGACCCUAGUAAAAUUGAGGUUGCCUCAGUUAAAAACAUUUUCACCAUUUGCUUCUGGAAUCAACUCGCGAGGACGGAGAAGAUGAGCAUGGCUGUGAACCAUUAGCGAGCUGACUCGAUCCUCCACUUCUGUUCGCUUCUUCAUCUUAUUUCCUCCUCAUUCGUUCGCUGAGUUAAGUAGGUGUUACAUGAAGAUCAUGACAUCCCAAUCACAUAGCUCCCCAGGAUCUUGUAGUCAUGUUGAUUAUGAAAGGUUAUGCAAAUGUGGUCUGUUAGCUUCGUUUAGGACAUCCUGGACAGAAUUUAACUAUGGACGUCGUUUCUAUAAUUGUCCUGCAAUGAAGUGUGACUAUUUUGUCUGGGUUGAUCCUCCUCGACGCAUCCAACAACGAACUAGUAGACAACCAAGGAAUCAAGCGAGUACAUGUUUUGUUAAUCCAGUAGCUGAAGAAGAAGAGAAUAGUGGCCAUGAGAAUGAAGAUGCCAAAAUUAAAAAACUGGUGGAUGGAAUGAAGUCCAGGGACCAAAUGUUGUUGACCGUAGUUUUUGGAAUUCUUGUGGUGGUCCUAAUUACGUUAUUGCUUGUAAUUUUGAAGUUGUAAUUGUUGUGUUUAUUGUCUUCGAAUUCUUGUAUUAGACUAAGUGUGGAUUAUGCUAAAUUUUAGCAUUUUGGUGCUUAAGUA